AUGAUAAACCAAAGUAUACCAAGCCCUAUUUCUGAAGACAUUUUAUAUCAAAAUUUUGAGACUGCAAUAUCAUCGUUUGAUUUUAUAUAUACUCCACACACUAUUGAAACAGAACAAAUUAUGAACACUGUAAAAACAAAAUUGAAUAUUUUACCUGAAAACAUUGGAACAGCUAUUAAUGAAGAUGAAAUGAUAGACAAAUUUAAAACUAAAUCGAAUAAUGGUCAAAAUAAUUUAUUGCAUAGUGGAUAUGGAAUUGUUUUUGAAGAAACUAUAAUAUCCCAGGUUUUAAAAUACAAGAUAAGAAGCACAUAUGAAUCAUGGACAACAAAUGAAUUGUUUCCAAUAAUGGAAUUACCUGGACCUAUGGAUGAAGGUUUAAAAUACCUAGAAAUGGGAUUUGUAGCAUUACAGUUAACCUUAGAUAAAGCUUUUAUUUUGAUGAGUGUAAAUAAUAAAAGUGGUCUUAAUAUAAAUGACUAUAAUUUAGCAAUUCAGUCAUAUCCUUAUACAAAUUACAUGCAAGGUUCAUCAUCUAAAAUUAUAUUAGAUUCAAUUAUUCCGUUACUCACAGUUUUAAGUUUUUUGUUAAUGUGUGCCUAUACAAUUAAGAGAGUCGUUGAAGAAAAAGAUUCGGGCGUAAAAGAAUUGAUGAAAAUUAUGGGUCUUAAGCCAUGGAUGAUAUGGACAGGAUGGAUAUUACACAACUUUUUUCUAUAUGCCAUAUCAAUCACAUUCAUCACGUUUAUUACUUGCUUUGGAACAUCUACUAGCCAAACAACAAUGAUAUUAAACUAUACAAAUCCAUUACUCUUCUGGAUUUUAUUAAUGACUUAUAUGAUUGCUGGAGUAUUUUUUUGUUUUGCAAUUAGUAGUUUCUUCAAUCAGCCAUUGAUUGCUUUAAUUGUUGGUAGUAGUGUAUGGUGUGUCUCUUACAUGUUACCGAAGCAGUUAUUAAAUAAUUCUCCAAACAUUCUAAUUCAAACACUAUUCACAUUAUUUCCAAAUUAUGCGAUAUCAUUAGCUUAUACACCUAUAAUGUCACUUGAAACUCAAAGAAAAGGUCUUCAAUUCUCCACUCUAUUUAUUAGUGGAAAAGGCGAUAACCAUUUUUCGGUUGGCUUAAUUUUACUGAUGUUUGUAGUUGAUUGUUUAUUAUAUGGAUUUAUUGCUUGGUACAUUGAUUCAGUCAAGCCAGGAAGAUUUGGUAUAGCAAAACCGUUUAACUUCUUGUGUAAAUGGUCGAAAAACAAGACCGAAAAUAUUGUAAUGGCUCCCAUCGGUAUAAGCAACAGUAGGCUUUUCGAAAAACCUCCAAACAAUUAUGAAGUUGGAAUUAGUGUACAAAACUUACAUAAACAUUUUGGAAAUUUUCAUGCAGUUAAUGGAGUAAAUUUGGAUCUAUAUAAAGGGCAAAUUACUGCUCUUUUAGGUCACAAUGGUGCUGGGAAAACAACAACAAUGUCAAUUAUAACAGGGUUAUUAUCCCCAACAUAUGGUACGGUAUAUGUUAAUGGGAAUGAUUUAUUUAAAGACAUUGACAAUUUUAGACAAGAUCUCGGUUUAUGUCCUCAACAUAAUUUACUUUUCUCUUAUUUGACUACUCUUGAUCAUUUAAUAUUUUUUGGAAUGUUAAAAGGUUUGACAUUUAAAAAUGCAAAAUCAAAUGGCUUGCAGUUGCUUAAACUUUUAAAUAUAUUGCAUAAGAGAUCAGACCUAGUGAGUAAUCUUUCUGGAGGAAUGAAAAGAAAGGUUUCUCUUGCAAUUGCGUUAACUGGAAAUCCUAAAAUACUUAUAUUAGAUGAGCCAACAUCUGGAAUGGAUCCUGAAUCCCGAAGAGAAAUGUGGGACUUACUUAUUGUAUGA